AUGAGGGAGCAAAUGUUGGAGGCACAAAUGAACAUGAUGGUUGAGAUGGCCCAACUUCUGAGGGCCACUGAUAAGGGAAAGGCUCCUAUGGCAAUUACUGGCGAGGAGGGUGAGGAUCAUCCUCCAAGUUUCACCCCACCUCACGUGCUUACACAAACUGAGGCACUUCCUAGGAGGCCAUCUGUCACUAUAAGGCCCCAACAAGGGUCGGUCGAUACUGGGAUCCCCAUGAAUUUCCUAACUGGUUCAGGAUUCAAUUUGGGUGACAAUCUUGCAAAUCCUGACAUUCCUGACUUAAACAUGGCUGAAAAAGAGGAUCUAAGAACUGAGGCUGCAAGACAGUUGGAAGAUCGCUACAAAUGGUUAGAGGAAAAGUUAAAGGAUUUAGAGAAUGCUGAUGGGCAUCAUAGGGUUGAUGCCAAAGAUCUAAGCUUGGUCCCAGACUUGGUGCUUCCUCACAAAUUCAAGAUGCCAGAAUUUAAGAAGUACAAAGGGACUACUUGCCCAGAAGCCCAUAUUACGAUGUUCUGUAGGAGGAUGACUGGGUAUGUGAAUAAUGAUCAAUUGUUGAUUCACUAUUUCCAAGACAGUUUAAUUGAAGUAGCAGCCAAGUGGUAUAAUUAA